AUGGGAAAACCUCAGGGAUUAAACGCAGCUCGAAAGCUAAGAACACAUCGUCGCAAGGAACGAUGGUCAGAUCAACUAUUUAAAAAAAGAUUAUUAGGAACAUUGUAUAAAUCAUCACCAUUUCAAGGAAGUUCUCAUGCAAAGGGAAUUGUAUUAGAGAAAGUAGGAGUAGAAGCAAAACAACCGAAUUCCGCUAUUCGCAAGUGCGUACGUUGUCAAUUAAUUAAAAAUGGGAAAAAAAUAACAGCAUUUGUACCAAAUGAUGGUUGUUUGAAUUUUCUAGAUGAAAAUGAUGAAGUAUUGAUUGCAGGUUUUGGAAGAAAAGGAAAAGCCAAAGGUGAUAUUCCUGGUGUUAGAUUCAAAAUUGUCAAAGUAUCUGGUGUAUCGCUUUUAGCAUUAUGGAAAGAAAAAAAAGAAAAGCCACGUUCAUAA